AUGGAUGAGAAUAGAUGGAUGGUUUUUAGUCAGAGCAAUGCCAAGAUAAGCAAGGAGGAUGGUGGGCAGAUUAGCAUUUCUAAUGGGUCGAUGACGGGUACCAAUUUGGAGUUGCAGAAUGGGAGUUCGAUUGUGCAUAAAUGGAGAUUUGGGAUGAGGCUUACACUUGAAGAGCCUAAACCCAAGCUCACUGUUAUGAACAAUACCUCAUGGAUGUCAACGAUGGAGUCACGCUUAGAUGAACAACCACCGUUGAAGGAGAAAGACAAUUGCGUCAAAGAGAGAGAGGUACACGAGGGAGAGAGACAAGCCAAAGAGAUAGAGCGAAGAGAGUUAGAGAGAAGUCAAUUUCAGAAAAACUAA